UUACGCGCAAUGAGAAUUUUAUUUAUGGAUGAAUGGAGUAUAAAAGCCGGCGCGGGCUGCUUCAUUAGUUCAUCGCUUCAUUAUUAGUAUGUAUUAUUAGGGAGUAUUUUUACAGUAAUAAGCAUGGAGGCUUCUUUUGCGACGACCCUCUUCCUCCCUUUUUUCAUUUUAACCCUAACCCUAAUCCACAGACUGUGGAAGAAGGAGGAGGAAGAAGCAACCGCCAGCAACAAACUACUACCGCCGGGGCCGUGGAGGAUACCGGUCAUCGGAAACUUGCAUCAAGUGGGGAUGUCACUCAUCUCCAUGCCAGCUCACCGCGUCCUGGGCGAGCUGGCAAAGAAACACCCCUCCUGUCCCCCGGGGCUCACGCGCCUCCGGGUCGGAGAAAUCCCUUUGGCGGUCGUCUCGUCUCCGGAAAUGGCGAGAGAGUUCCUUAGAACUCACGACUCCGCCUUCGCCACCAGGCCGGAGUACGUGAGUGGGAAAACCAUCUUUUACGGCCGUUCCGACGUCGGGUUUUGCCCCUACGGGGAUCACUGGAGACAGAUGCGGAGAUUAUGUAUCGCGGCGCUUCGCCUCAACUCUGGUGCCAUCCGGUCCGUACGGCGCGACGAGAUCCGCCGUCUUUUGUUGGACGUCCGUUCAUCUUCCGGCCAGCCGCUUAAUCUAUCCGACAGAAUCUUGUUACUUACCACCUCCAUUUUAUGCAGAUCCGCACUAGGUAAUUCAUUCACUGGAAGAAAAGAGUUAAUGGUGCUAGUGAAGAACAUAUUUGAGUUGGUGGGACAAUUGGAUUUUGUGGAUGUGUUUCCCUCGUGGAAAAUUCUUGGCCUCCUGUUUGGGAACAAGAGGAGGAUGAUGAGAGUUCAUAGCCAGACAGACAGAAUCAUGAAAAACAUCAUAAGACAACGCAGGAAAAGAAUGGAAGAAAGCAAUAAUGAUUGUGAGGUUAUUGAAGAUGAAUACCAUGUUGAUGUCCUCUUGAGAUUGAUGCAUUAUCAGACCCUUCAAGUACCCAUCACCCAUGACAACAUCAAAGCCCUAAUCCUCGAUAUGUUCAUUGGAGGAAGUGAGACAUCAUCAAUAAUAGUUGUAUGGGCCAUGUCAGAAAUGAUGAAGAACCCUAAGGUUUUGGGGAGAGCACAAAUGGAGGUGAGAGAAGCCUUUAGAUUUUCAGGAAAAGAUGAAGAAGAUGGAGUCCUUGAAGAAAAAGAGAUUGGAAAGAGGUUACCAUACUUAAACUCGGUGGUGAAAGAGACUCUGAGGUGCCAUCCCCCCACUCCCUUGUUGCUUCCUCGAGAGUGCAUGGAAGAAACCAUGGUUAGCGGAGGGUACACCAUACCGCGGGGAACCCAAGUGCUGGUUAACGUGUGGGCCAUAGCUAGGGAUCCCUGCUAUUGGGUGGAUCCGGAGAGCUUCGUCCCUGAGAGAUUUGAAAAAAAAUCCAUUAGUUUCAUGGGAAAUAGUUUUGAGUUCUUACCUUUUGGUUCUGGAAGGAGGACAUGUCCCGGGAUUGAAGCCGGUUUGGCCAAUGCUCAAUCUGCAUUAGCCCACUUACUCUUCCACUUUGAUUGGGAGUUCCCUCCUGGAAUCACUAUUGAUUCUUUUGAUCUUACAGAGAAGCCUGGAAUUGCUGUUGGAAAAAAGAAUCGGCUUUUCUUGAUUCCAACCCCUCGUGUUGUUGCUUAAAUGAUAAGUUUAUCAAGCCUCACUGACCAUUUCUGUCAAGUACGAAUGCUCUCGACUUUUAGAUCAGCUGACUGAGUUGAAAAGGUAAAGAAAUCUAACGGUCGAGA